AUGCGUGCGGUACUACCAGGGCGGCCUCAGUCGAAGCUGCGAGCUCUCAGCACGGCGCUCUGGGAUGGUCUACGGAUUGUUGCAUACAUCUCCGGUCAUGCCCUCGUUAUCUUGACCGGAGCGCAGACGCUCCUCCAAACCAUCUACAUCGACAAUUCGAACUACUUAGAGACAAUCGCUAUCGAUGAAUCUAGUGGACAAAUUGCUGUUAGUAGCGGUCCGGAUGUUUACAUCUACCGACCUAAUGGCUUCAAAGGCGAAUCCCUCAAGUGGUCGCUAGCCAUUACUUUCCGCGCAAAGGAUGACGAUGAAAAGGUCAAUACGUUAUCAUGGGGUUCUUCGGAAGAAUUGCUUGUAGCCAAUUCGUGCCUUUCGGUGUGGUUUCUGAAAGAUGAUCCCCGUCUCAUGUGGAAGAAGAAAUUGGCCGGUCCUACGAAAUUCGCUGAAUUCUCACCUGAUGCCGAGUUGGUAGCUACGACUGGGAAAUAUGAUCGACUUGUCAAGUUGUGGAGGAGACUCUCGUUUGGCGCCGACGCCGUUAGAUUCGAGGUAUUCUACCUUCCUCAUCCCGCUACGGUGACCGGCAUACAUUGGAGGAAACCAAGGCAUCGCGAACAGUCGAUGGACAAUGUUCUUUAUACGAUAUGCGCAGAUAACAAGAUCCGAGUGUGGACAGUUUCAGAUCACCAGGACCUAUCGGCGAUGCACCUAUGGACUGAGAUAGAUAUGAACACAUCUAUUCAACCACGGGAUAAUUCACAGAACUUAUCAACUCGCCGGUAUGGCUUCAUUAUCGACAGUCGGGAUUUUGCCGCUGCGACAGAGCGAGCUGUACAACAGAAUACCGAGAAGAAUAACUUGGCCUUGGAGCAUCUUGUGGACGUUGCGACCAAAAACCCAGAGAUCUGUGCAGUAAUUGAUGACCAGGGUCAUAUGUGUGCCUGGGCUUUGGAGAAUAUUGGAAGUAAACCGAAAUCAGCAACAGAUGUAUUCAACAUCCUACACAUAGAAGGCGUGCAGUUCUCAUUUCCGAAGGGGGCUCCUCUACAUGAGGACUAUGCACAAUUCUACACAUUCGGCGCCUCUACUGCUAUAGACUCUUUAUCAAUAUUGGUGCACUGCUUUGAUGGAAGGAUAGAAUGGUUUGAUUCUCAAAUCGAUGCUCUCUUUGAUCCGACACCACGAAAACACCGCUUGAAAUCUCAAGGUAUAUGGUCUGGGCAUACCGAACCGAUCAAGAAAAUCGUUAGAAAUGCAAGUGGCCGUGUUCUUGUGUCUCGCACUGACGACAAUAAUGCUAUGAUCUGGCGCCAAAAGAUGAUGAGAGGCCCUCAUUCCAUCCUAGCGACUCCAAUCUCUCUUUCGUCGCAAGAGCAUAUACAUCGGACUUGUGUAAUUGAGGAAGGCUCUUUUCUGGUGAACCUCCAUCACAAAAGAAUCUCACUGUGGGAUAUUCGAGUGUCUCCAGCUGUGAAAAUAGGCUCUUGCGAGUUUACUUCAACAAGCAAACCUCUCUGCGUUUUGACUGUGCCGAAGUCUGAGCCGUCGGAUCCAAAUGUAUAUGUUGCAAUGAUAGGCGCAGACAUGAAAGGCAUCGCAUGGGAGCUUGAAUUGCCUAACAAGGAAUGCUCCAAUCCAACCGAUAAACAAUCGGUUUCUUUACAACAGUAUUGUACUUUUGACAUGGGGUUGGAUACAGAAGUGGCCUAUAUCCUAGCAGUUGACCCAGCUGGGCAGAUGAUACGACAUUCCGGCUUUUUAGACCUCUUCGCGGCGGACAUGGCGCUCUCAUAUACCGAGAAAGGAACUAUCCACACAUGGGCAGCUAAGGUGGACAAGACGAAUCGAAAAAUAGACUGGCUUUUGACUUCCACCGUUGAAACAGGUAUCCAGGCACCAUCGCUGGCAAGUGGAAGUGCGAUUCGCAAAGCUGCACUAGUCGACCAAGGACGAACACACCUCACUAUCUGGGAUACGAGUGGUGCUCAAUUAGAGUUCGAAGAGCGCUUUCCUGACCAUGAUAUGAUUCGCGACCUUGACUGGACAUCUACACCGGAUGAACAAUCCAUAUUAGCCGUUGGCUUUUCUCAUAAGGUUGUCUUACUAUCGCAACUCAGAUAUGAUUAUUUGGACGCUGGUCCAUCCUGGACUGCUGUCCGCGAAAUCCGUAUUCGAGACCUAACUCCACAUCCCAUUGGAGACUCCUGCUGGUCCGGCAGUGGAAAUCUUGUCGUGGGAGCUGGAAAUCAGCUAUUUGUGUAUGACCCUGCGGUUGAGGUGGAUAAUCAUCUGAUUUCCAAGCUUCGUAUUCCGGUCCGCGAGGGUUCAGACGUGAAGCUCUGGGAGAUUGUCAGUCGAUUAAACGGCCCACUUCCUGUCUACCAUCCUCAAUUCCUGGCGCAGUGCAUUCUGUCUGGCAAAAUAAAUCUCGCUCAUCUCAUUCUUAUGAGCCUUCAUAAGAAGCUGAAAUUCUACACUGAGGGCGAUGAGAUUGACACCUUGCUUGGAAUACCGGUUGAAGAGUUCUACCGAAAUGACGAUGAGCUGCGAAAUUCUGAGUGGAAAGAAAUGCAAGUUUCUCACGGUUAUAUCGAAGACGAGCCGCGAGUCUUGGAUGAAACAGUGGCUGUGAUCCUUAACGAGAACUUGACACGCUUCAGUCUACCCCAGCUUUCUAGUCAGGAGCAGUUCCGGCUCGUAGACACCAUAGAAUGUGUCGCGAUGGUGGAGAAGCACCGUAGAUCCAUGGACGCGAACGCUGCUCGGUAUUUGCUGUUCUUUCGCCAGCACAUGCUACGAAGAAGUCAAGGUGUCGCUCAUAAGAACACGGUAUCGUGGCGAGAGAUAGUAUGGGCUUUCUACAGUGAAAGUCAAGAUAUCUUGGCGGACCUUGUCUCUCGUCAGUUUGGUGGCAAACUUUUAUGGAAAGCAGCAAGAGAAAGCGGUAUAUUCAUGUGGUUAUCAGAUGUUACGGCUGUGAGGGCCCAGCUGGAAAUUGUUGCUCGCAAUGAGUAUACAAAAACGGAGGAAAAGAACCCAGUUGACUGCUCACUAUAUUAUCUAGCUUUACGAAAGAAGAAUGUCCUGCAAGGCUUGUGGCGCAUGGCAACCUGGAAUCGUGAACAAGGAGCCACUCAACGUCUAUUGGCGAAUAACUUCCAGGAAGUAAGAUGGAGGACAGCGGCAUUGAAGAACGCCUAUACUCUGCUUGGGAAACGGCGAUUUGAAUACUCUGCCGCUUUUUUCCUUUUAGCAGAUCAUCUACGUGAAGCCGCAAACGUCUGCAUCAACCAAAUUGGGGACAUUCAACUAGCGAUAGCUAUUACGCGGGCUUAUGAAGGUGAUGACGGACCAGUGCUGAAAGAAAUUCUGGAGGAAACAGUCCUCGUAGAAGCAGCUUCAGAGGGAAACCGCUGGAUGGCAUGCUGGGCAUUUUGGAUGCUCAAUCGCCGCAGUUCAGCGGUCCGUGCUUUAAUUUCUCCUGUCGAUACUCUCAUCCCGCCCACGCCUGCAUCACCAGGGAGUCCUGGUAUGAUCUCAUUACAGGCACGAUCGUACCUCUCGAACGAUCCUGCAUUAGUUGUCCUGUACAGACAAAUCCGUGAAAAAUCUUUACAAACUCUCAAAGGUGCAACGCAAAUCGCACCCACCGACGAAUGGGCAUUUGUGCUUCGCAACGCACGUCUCUAUGACCGUAUGGGCUGUGAUCUGCUAGCCCUUGAUCUCGUAGCCCACUGGGAAUUCCUACGAGCGCCACCUCGGCGUGUUUCGACCUCAGCUUUUUCAGGCAAAGCUGAUACGGACUAUCGAAAAUUACUCCGAAGACGUAGUAGCCUCGUCAUUGCUGAUCUGCCCGUUCGACUUCCGCCCGAGAUGGCCCCUCGUGGUGAUGAAGGCGCGACUAAACCUACUAAACCGCAGGCUAAGCCAACUACGUUUGAAGAGCCAGACGCAAAUUCAUUGUUAGACAGUUUUGGCUUCUAA